AGGCUUUGAUUAUCUGUAAAAUAAACGCGCAAUAAUUGCAUGAUUGAAGUAAACCACAAACAGUUAUAAAUGUUGAACAUGGUAAUCUAUGGCCAAAUCAGUCCUCAGCAGAUUUUCAUUACAGCCGGAAAUAUUGUGAAAUCAAUUAGGUUCACUUGUUAAAAAACCAUACUGUCCAUAGCCUGUUUAUAAAAAGAUUAGCCAAAAAAAUAAAACUUGAAGGAAUUCGUAAAACGAACAUGUAUUCUUGCAGUUAGAAUUUAGAAAAUAGGAGUCAUAAGCGCUGGCAACUUAGGAAUGAGAGAGAGUGCAUUGCUAAAAUAUUAAUAUUCUGUCAUAGCCAGCCGGAGACAAUCGACAAUCAGCAGAAACAAUGAUAUCAAGCCCUUUCUUCAGAGGUUAGAAACGUUAGAGCUUUCAAAUGCAUGGAAAGUCCUAACUAGACUGCGAGGCCGUUGAACAAAGGUCUUGAAGUUUUGCCGUCAAACGCUGGAAAUAUAUUCACUGAUGACAAUGAUAUGCACGAAAAAAUGAAGCGUAUUUUUGAAAUGUCACAGGUGAAUCUGAUAUGUCAUCAAAUAACACCAUACAGUUUGACUUAUAUAGUUAAGUAUCCAUUGGAAACAGGUUAGGAUUGAAAAAACAGUUAUGAGCUUAUGUGCUGUGUUUGGAGGGAGUAUUUCGUAUAAAAACUGGAGGGUUUCGACUUGAAUCGCAUGCGCACUGCGGUUGCCAUUAACGACGAUAUUAAUGCUAAUCAUUUCACAAAGUAGUGAGGACAUCUGUUUGCAAAGCUCAGAAUAUUCGUCUCUCAUUGGCGCUUCGUCGUGAUAAUAUUCUAAAAUAUUUACAUCGGGCAUGAAUCAUAGAAUUGUGCAUUUUAUUCGUGGUCCAUGCGACCGUAGAUCGUGGUAACCAACGGUGAGUAACAGUGCAAGAGCGUCUUACAUGGCGUGGAGCUGAUGAACAGGUUGAGCAGGGGGCAUCAUUAGCUACGCUGACUUUGCUAAAUCGCCAUAAUUAAAAUUUGUUUGAACAAGACACAGACAACGUCUUCGCAACUGUGUUUCGUAUUUCAACGGAGUAUCAAUUGAUUACGGGCUUUUGCGGAAGCGAUUUAACACGAAAUGUCCGUGCGCGUCCAGCCCAUGAAUAACGGCGAGGAACUGCAAUACUCUAAUGACAUAAAAGUGAUUUUAAACGUCGGGGGACAACGACACGAAACUCAUUUGAGUACGUUGAACAAUUUCACAGAUACGAGGCUAACGUGGAUCAGCGAACAGAUUAAGUUGGAUCCAAGACCGAAUCGUGAGUUCUUUUUCGAUCGUCACCCGGGGUUAUUCUCGCAUAUUUUGAACUAUUUCCGAACAGGAAAACUUCACGCUCCGAGGGAUAUAUGCGGUCCGAUGUUUGCGGAAGAGCUGAGUUACUGGGGAAUCGAUUCGAAACUUAUAGAGCCUUGUUGUUGGUCCUACUUCGACGAACAUAAUGAAUUAGAAGAGAAAUUACAAGGAUUUGGGGCAUUAGAUGAUAAGGAUAGCACUGUCGAGAGCUUGUUCGAGGAUGAUGAAGACGAUGAAAAUUUUGAUGAUUUGAGCGACGGCUACCCCGAGGCUGACAGGGCACAUCGUAGUGAAAAGUUUUUAGAACAGGCUCGUAAAUCAUGGCAGAGAUAUUGCAAGGUAGUUUGGAGGCUUUUAGAAAACCCGUAUUCAUCAACGGUAGCUUGGGUUAUCAGUUUUGUGUCUUUAAUCCUGACAUUUUUGAUUGUGGUGUUAUUCUGCAUUUCAACAUUGCCAAACUUAGACGAAACUCACAAAGACGUCGGUCUUUAUCCCUUGGAGGCUGCUUCAAUAUGUUGGUUCACCGUCGAGUUUCUCAUCCGUCUUGUAACCACCCCAGACAAGAAAGCUUUCUUCAAAACCAUGCAAACUUGGGUAGAACUUCUUGCGAUCUUUCCUUUCUAUCUUCAACUUGGCAUUCCAAAAGAAAAGGAAGAGCGUUUGAAUGUCCUCAAGCUUCUUUACGUGCUGCGGCUGUAUCGUGCGUUCCGUGCGUUUCGUUUUUCGUACGUGCUGCAAGUUUUCAUCCAAACGAUCAAAGGCAGCUUCCGUGAGCUGUUUCUGCUGUUCUUCAUUUUCACUGUUCUCGUGAUUACGUAUGGCUCAUUAGCGUUUUACGCAGAGAAUAACGGGAAUGGAAUAUUUUCAAGCAUACCAGCCUCGUUCUGGUGGUCACUUAUCACCAUGACAACCGUAGGUUAUGGUGACAUGGUGCCAUCAACAUUGUUUGGAAAGCUGGUGGGUGGUGCAUGCGCUUUGAGUGGCGUACUUAUGAUGGCGUUACCAGUCUCCGUCGUCGCGAGCAAUUUCUCGCUGUACAAUAAUUAUGCAAAGGUGAAGCUCAAGUUACCUCCAAGACCUGAGAAAAAGAUUUUGAACAGUGCACUUCAGAGCAUGAAGUUUAACGCGCCUGAGACGUCUAUCGCUAGCACCGAUGAACUGCCCAGGAUUCCUAACGGCCGCCGACGAUCUUACCGAAGUCGGAGUCGGUACUCGUCGGUUAUUCCGACGCUUGAAGAGGAAGAGAGAAAUGAUGAAGAAAUUGAAAUGACCAACAGAAAAGAAAUACCAGAAGAGCGAUCAUCAUCGGAGAGAAAAUGCCUGUCAAAAUCAUCAAAUGGUUCGCCGAUGCCGUCGAGGACGAGGGAAGUGCGAAUAUCAAUCCCGGAAAUUUCCGAAACCUAAUCAUCUUCGCGCCUGAAUCAUGGUCUCGAUUCCAACUGUCUUGGAAAGAGCCAAGCCAGUAUCGAUCCCACCUUCACACGAAUCAUACUGAGAAAACCCCUCUUAUCCACCACAAUCCACAGGAAAUCCCGAGAUGAGAUGUAGUAUAGACGGGCUUCAAUGGAGGACGGAGCGUUGACAUAGAUCUUUAUGAAUGGAUAGAAAUGGAUUUUGUGCGGCAAUAAUAUAGCCGGAAACGAUUAAAUAGAUCAGGUAUUAAUGGCCUAUACCAAUAGUUAAGAAUGAACACGCCUCAGUUGAAUAUAAAGAAACUAAUCUUAGUCCUUAGACUGAAUGAAACUUGCUGUCAUCGAAGUAAAUCACGUUGAAAAAGUUUAGGUAUGAAUAGAGCAAAAGCAAGAGAUUUUACCAGAAGUAGAAUAUGUUCGAAUGUUAAAUUGUUGUGUAGAAAAAUCAGUGUAAUAAAACAGUAAUUUAUCGUGAUAUCUUGAAUUCAUCAAGUAUACAUAAAGUUGUAACCAAAAAUAUUAAAAUGGCGCCACCGUAAAUGC